CAAACAAGAGAUUUUGUCCCCCUCCAUUUUUCUUCUCUUCUUUUCCUUCCAUUUCUUCCUAUCCAAACAAAGUGUAAAUGAAUUCCAUUAUCUUCUUCACUAUCACUCUUUCAGCUCUGAUCCUCCACUUUUCUCCUUCUAAUUUCAAAAAAAAAAAAAAAAAAAAAAAAAAAAAAAAAAAAAAAAAACAGUUUCAAAACAGAGUAACAUAAACAAUGGCAUCAAUCACCCUUUUUUCUACUAUCAUCAUUGUAAUGAUCUUGGCAAACUGUGGACCCGCGAAUUCGGCUGUAAAUGACAGCAACGGUGGUGAGCAACCGCCGAGAUUUUGUGGAAAAGUAUGGUUGAAUCCAAAGUAUGUAUGCCGUUCAUGCCGUACUGGAAGAACUUGCUGGUGUUUUCUAGAAUUCGAUUGCGGGUAUAACUGUAAAGAAGAAUGCAUGAAGAUGUUCAACACUACAUGCACACUUAAUCCUCCUGCUAAAAAGACUAAUAGGUUUAACCAAUUUGGUUUGAUCUUGGUUAUUACUUUAGCUAUUUUCGUGUUUUUUGGUGGUUUCUUAUCUUUUUGUCAUUUUCGGUUGUCAAAACCAACUCUUUAAGCCUUAACAACUUACUAAUUGUAACCUCGGUUAACAGUUAAUCUAUCUACUUAGAUGUUGCAAACUUUUUAUUUUUUUCUUUUGUAAAAUUCAGUAAUGUAAGUAUGUAACUAUGUAAGGCUAUUAAAGCAAGAAGAGAUGUAAAGAGUUGAGAAACAUUGCUUGUAAUUGGUUUUGAUCAUCCUUCCAAAACUAGGCUCUGCAAGUAAAGAUGACAGUUUGUGUUAGAUUUUGGGAAAACUCCUUAGCCUGGAGUGUGUACCAAUGAAUAAUAUAUAUAGUGUUACAAUACUAGUG